AUUUAACAAAUCACACGCACACACACUUGGUUUGAGAAACCUUAAUUCUGACACAGAUAUGGAAAAAUAAUGCACUGUCUGGCAACAUUGAUAGCUUCGGCAAAUCUUGGACCAUAAGCCCAUCUCUAGUAUAGCGUCUCGUUUGUUGUUUGUUAUUUGUCUGGCUGGAAAUUGAGUUUAAAUCCAAUGUUAUAAAGGAAAUCAAAAGAAUAAAGUGUCGUAUAUAACAGUGACUGCGGAGUGUAUCUUAACUUCCAGCUUGCCAAUAAUUAAUUUGGAUGCAAAAUCAGAUGCGCAGGCGUUUAAGUCAUGACAACUGACACUGUGCCGAACGCUGACAACUUUCAUUUGGCGAAUACUGAGGAGGAUGUUAUAUGUCCCACCUGCGAUGCGAAAAUAAAACGCAGCCAAGUAGCUGAUCAUUGCCAGCUUGAAGUGGAUCGUUUGCACAGCAUGCAGUUACGUUCAGCAGACACUGCCCCCACAACAACAACAACAACAACAACACAAGCGACGUCGACAUCUACGUCUACAUCACAAACACAGCCGCAAGGACAGCGUAAGCCUUGGACUGUAUUCCAGCGUGUGCAGCGCAACCGACAGGCGAGACAACGGCAACGUUCACGCAAGCGACCCAUAACUCAACAGUCAACAGGCUCGAGCGCAUCAGCUCCGACAUCAAGUCAAACAGCAGAGACUUCUAGCUCCGUUUGUCCAGUGUGCAACAAAAGUUUUCCGCAGGCACAAAUACAGGAGCAUGCCAAUCGUUGUCUGCGUGCAAGUCGGCGUAAUGGGCAGAGCAACGGAGAGCAGCAGUCCAGCGAUGAAGAGAACGACAGCGACGAGUAUGAGGAGUAUGAGUGGGCAGGACAGAAGCGUGUACGGGUAUCUACGCUGGUGCAGGGCGGUUAUGCAGCGUUGAACCUGGGACAGACCAUUAAAUACACUAGCGGGGAAAAUGGUAACGAUGACAACGAAGACGAAGAAGAUCUCAAUGUAGAUGAGGACGAUACUCAUAUUUAUGGACCAACGCAGUACAAUGAAGGCGAUGUCAUACCACUAGCCAACGAUGCUGAGGAUGGAGAUGUCUCUGAAGUAGAUGUUACUAGUUAUAUGCGCAGCCUAAUCUCCUCCAGCGAUGUGCCCAAGAGUCAACCUAAUACCAACCAUUCCAGUGAAGCAGCUGCAGCUGCUGCUGCUGAGCAAACGACUGAGGAAGUAGAUGAUGCAGCGCCCUCCACCUCACGGGGCAGCUCGUUGGCGCAGAAUCAACAACAAAUCAUUGAAUCCCUAAAGGCACGAUUGCGUCUCUAUGAGAAGCAGGUGCAGAGCAAAUACAAAUGUUUAAUUUGCAUAGAUGAUUAUAAGAAUCCCGCCAUUUCGGUGUCCUGCUGGCAUGUUCACUGUGAGCAGUGCUGGCUGCAGACACUCGGAGCACGGAAGCUCUGCCCACAGUGCAAUUCAAUAACUACUCCAAAAGAUUUGAGGCGCAUCUACCUGUAAAUGGUAUAACCGACAGCAAUAACAAUUUUAAAAUAAGCUCAUACAGAACUAUGUAUUUAAAUGGACUUUGCUAUGGCUGGUCAACGUACUUGCUUUAAUCUUACUCGUUUCAGCUGACAAUCUAUUUUAUUUAUAAACAUAACACACGCAACUGCAGCUAUGUUUAUCAGAUGUGACGUUACAAUAAGCAUAAUGUAACUUAUAAUAAACAA